UGGACAUUCAUUUAAACCUGAGCCACGCGGAGGUCAUAUGGCAACAUUGGUUAAUGAUAGAAUUUAUUUCUUUGGUGGUUCACGGCCUAUACCUAUGACCUCACCUGCAUGGAAUAAAACCCAUCAAUAUAAUCUAUCAGAUGAAGUGUUCUAUUUAGAUCUUUCUUCUUCAUUUUCUGUUGAUUUACCUCCAUUCACAGAUCUUUCUGCUACAUCGAGAAUGCCAUUUGGCUCUGAAAGGGGAACAACAGUAUUAGGAAUCAGUGGUGUACGUAUAUUUCUUGUUGGUGGGGUGCAGCAAAAUAUGGAAACAUUUAGUUAUAACGCAACAAAUUCUAGUCUUUGGAUAUAUAAUAUAAAUUCACAAAACUGGGACACUAAUGGGCCAGGAGCUUAUGGACCACCACUUUCCAGGCGCAGAUCCGCUGCAACAGUUAUUGAUAAAAGUGGUGUAAUUUAUAUAUUUGGUGGAAGAGUGGGGCUGGAUACCGGUUCAGAUGUAUUUAUAGUACUUGAUGAUUUAUUUACACUUGACACUACAAUAUUUAAAUGGUCAAAUAUUUCACUUCCUAAUCAUCCAUCACCGCGAAACCUUUGCACUGCAACUUUAAUGCCUGAUGGAAAAAUUAUUUACAUAGGUGGAGUUACCCAAUCCUCCCCUGGUCAAUCUCCAACUCGUAUAAGCAUGAAUGAGAUAUAUAUUUUUGAUACUAUUGCUUCAGCAUGGUCGCAGAAGUCAGCUUUAGGGGAUGUUGAUCCUCGUGUUGGACACACUGCUCUUCUAGCACCAGAUAAUUACACUAUUAUCAUAUUUGGAGGAACACAGGGUUAUGUGCUUAAGCAGAUGACAUCAUAUCCGUACAGAAAAAAAAAUUAUUGGCAAAUAGAGGAUAAGCCUUCCUAUGAGGUGUGUCUAAAAAGUAUGAGUAACAUCACAAAUGAUUAUGGACCUUCAACUAAUACAUCCGCUGAUAUAUAUAUAAUUAACCUUUUAAAUUACACAUGGGUGACGCAAUUUGAAAAUAUUUCUUCCUCUCCUACUAAUAAUAUUAAAUUGGUCAUUAUUGUUUGCUCUGUUGUUGGUUCUAUCGUUGUUAUUGUUAUUGGUAUUGGUGUAAUAGUAUUCUUUAAAUAUUAUAGACGCAGGUUUAAUAAGAUUAAUAAGAAAAUUAAUUUUGUGGAAUUAGAACAGCCAGAACAACCACACUAA